GGUGAAGAGAAGUUGGAGUUGGCAGAUGAAGUGGUAUUAGUUGUUGUGUUUAAAUGCAUAUGGAUGUUGGGAGUUAGGAUAUUGUUUGAUGAGUUAAGAUUUAGAUUAUUUGUUAUAAUUUGGUUGUUAAACAUAUGGAUUAACAAAGAAGA